GAUUUAUGCGAUCUUCUUACUUGAAGUAACAAUAUAUAUAUCUAGAAGUAUAUAAAACUUCCAAAUUGAACAUAUUAAAAGAAUUAUUCUAAAUUAUUCUAUUACAAAUUUCAUAAAAGUAUAAAAUAUGUCAAUGAAACAUCUAGGCGAGACAUUGUAUCAUAUACGAAGACCCACACGAUGGACAGAAGGAAUCGGUGCAGCAUUACCAGAAGAGUAUAAAAAGUUUUGGAAGGAAUGGAAACGAACCCCAACUGCUGUACAUUAUAUUGAACAAAAAGGCAAAUAUGUAAAAAACGAAGAAACAGGGGAAGUACGUCCAGUUCAAAAUGUACCAUUGCCAUUAUUAUAUCCUGAAGAAUUCCACAAAGGUAUAUGGGGCGGUGAAGCUGUAAUACAAGGUUUCACAAAGAAACACAAAUAUGCUCGUAGAUAUCCACAUUUUUGGUUUCCCACGCUUAAAAAGUCUGUGGUUUACAGUGAAGUUUUAGACAAAUAUAUAAGUAUUGUUGUUACCAAUAGAACUAUUGAUUUAAUUAAUGAACAUUAUGGUUUUGAUCAUUACUUAUUAAAGACUCCUGCCUGUGAUUUAAAAUCUGAGCUUGCCCUAAAGAUAAAACGUGAAAUACUUUUAUCAUUGGCUGACAAGACAUUAUACCCAGAUGAUCCUCUUAAAAGAGAGGAGAUUUAUAAUAAUUAUAAGGAAUACCUAACAGCUUAUACACGAGAUGAAAUUGAAUGGUAUGGUUUGACAUAUAAAGAAGCUUGUAAAAAAUGGAUAAAGCAUUAUGCAGAAAAAGAAAAAGUGAUGCCUUUAAAGUUGCAAUACAGAGCUGAGUUAAUAGCUGAGCUAGAGCAAGAAAAAAGUCAGGAAGUAGAAAAAACUGUAACAAAAUGGAAGUUACCAUGGAAUCCUUUCUCCUCAAGAUCAGAUUAGUUCAUAUAUUAUAUUGUUGUACAUUAUAAAUAAAGAAAAUGAAACAUUUACUUCAUAAACUGAAAAUGAAA